CAAAGCUCUUCCAAAUUCCAAAAUGCGUGCGUGCAAAAGCAACGUAUUGAAAACAAGAACGAAAACGCGACUAAGAAUCGAUCCUCAAAUAGUGCUACCAGAAUGACUGCGGCGCUAAGACGAAGUACGGAAGAGCGUCCAGGAGCACAUAUCAGUCGAAUAUUGAGUGCCACAAGGACACAGCAUCAGAUAGCGCCAAACUCAGCGCCCAUUGCUGCGGCUAAGAAGUCCCCCAGAAAUAAAGUUCUGCCAGAGGUGAAGCGCGAUACGCUCGUCAACUCCUCAGCUGCUUCCAAGUCCAAGUCACACAUGCGCAGCAAGGCAGCAGCAGUAGUUGCAACAAAAUCUGUUUCGACCACAACAGCAACAUCGAAGCCAGUACCCAAGUGGAAUUGUGUUUCCUCGUACCAGCGGCGUAGUCGAAGCCGCCGUGCAGCCGCAUCCUGCGCCUUCGAUUACGAUCUGUCUCAGGUGGAGCAGCGCAACUUCGGCCACUGCCAUCAUGCGAUGAAGUCUGUGCCAGAUGCCGAGUUGCAGCUGCUGCGGAGCGGGCAACGUGCCACGUAUCUAGAAACGCGCUAUGAGCGCUGUCCCGAGCUCAAAUACCACUACCCGGAGGCGACCAGCUGGCGCUAUGGCUGGUUCCACAACCAGUGCCGGGGCGAUGCGAGUAAAUUAACGCCCAAUCAUUGCAUUACCUCUAUAAUGUAAAGUUUGUGGCCUCCAUUUACUAUUAAAUUUUAAAUUGUUCUCUUCUGCAUAA